AUGUCGGUGAGACGAAUUCGUUCUAUCACAUCCUCUACUGUUGCGCGAAACAUACUCUCACGCACGGCGCAAAAAAGCUUUACCUCGUUUUCCGCUCCUCCAAUUCUUCGACUAAAAGUGACGGCGACGAAGCCAACAGCCCCGUCUGCUCUUACUCUUACUGCUCUUACUAUUCAUUCUAGCAGCAGGAGAAUGUUUUGUCGGGUUGUACCAUCUAAUGUGUCGUCUUCCUCGUCAAUGUCUAUGCAAAGUCAUUCGUCAGGUACGCGAGUAGGAUCCUCGACGUUCGCGAACGGUGGCGUCUGUCUUCGUCGUGCGUUCUUUUAUUAUCCUCGAACGAUGACGACGACGACGACACACGUUGGCCGCCAGCAAAGCUUCUUGCUCACGGAGCGACAACAGCGAAAAGCGGGAACUAAUAGGGUACGAAGAAGCUUUCAGUUUGCUCCAGUUUCUAAACAAUCGGCAUCGGGUGGCUCGAGAAAUACAAGAAGCAACGCGACGAAUGGUGCCCGAGGAAAUGCGAGCGCAGCAUCCCCUGGUCCUGGUGCUGCAAGCAAACCGAAACCAUCGUCUGCGAGCACUGCUUCCUCUUCAGCCUCCUCUGCGAAAACUGCGACUUUACCAAAAGCUCCGCGAGCGCCGAAAAAGAAGAAAGGGCCAGCAAACGGCGCAAACGGCGGUGGCGCCGGCGCCGGCGACAAGAGUAGUCCGCCGUCAAACCGAAGGAAUAAUAAUAACAACAAGACCGGUCGCAACAGAAACGGCGGUGGUCGAGGAAAUCAACAACAGAAAAACUUCAAGAAGAAUUCCGCCGCGAGCGGCGCAAAUCAAAACGAAAGCUUAAAUGCCAACGUUUUGACGUGUCCAAACGGACGCGAGCGAUUGAAACGCAAAGAGGCAAAGGAGUUUUUAGAUCUCUUUAAAGAGCAAACUGGAGGCACGGCGUUGUGCAAAUCUGUGGACGAUUCAAAGAACGUGUUGCAUUUUGUGCAACAAAAGAUGUUGUUUAAACAGAAAAUUUCGUAUCAGACUAGUGGACCGCCGCACAGUAGGCGUUUCGUCUCUACUCUAGAAGUUCCGAUACAAACUGCUGCAUUUCAAUCGUUAGAUGUGUUACCAUCUUCGGCAACAGUUAACGGCGAUGUGGUAACUUUUAUGGGAGGCGGCAUUGCGUUCACCAAAAGAGAGUCCUCAUCACUCGCCGCUUUGGAUAUAUUGAAACAGCUUUUAGAGUCUGGCAUUGACCCAAAAGCACCUCCAAGCGUUGCCAAGAUGAAAGAAAAAGAAAUGAAAGAAAGAAUUCAAAAUGCGCAAGCUUUACUGGAGUUAGUUGAUAGCUCGAGACCUUCUAUCGACAUAUCCAAGAGACGAGAUGGAAAAGCUGGUUUUGAGGCGGUGUUAUCUUGCUUUGUCGACGGAGGAAAGAAGCUCGAAGGUGUUGGAUACGGUAAAUCAAAGUCCGAAGCUGAAGGAAACGCACUUCUGAACGCGUCGGAGGAACCUUUGAAGGAGUUACUUGGCGAGAACGUGAUGAAAAGAUUGCAAAAAGUUAUCGCGGACUCUCCUGGGGGCCACGUUGCAACGCUGAGAAUUCAAGCCUUACCGGAUGAAGCAGUAGAAGUCCUCGUCAAUGCUAUGGGGUCUCCUGAUGAGCAUGACGAAAGAGUGAUGGCUUUGAAAACCGAAUGCCAAGAACUCGAACGACGCAGAGAAGAGAAGGCGGCGCGCAACGCCGAAAGUGGAGGAAAUACCAGUUGGAGGAAGAAAGGUGAAAACUUGAACGAGUACCUCUUUAAAUCCAAAAAUGCAGAAGAUUUAUCCAAAGCGGAGGAGAUUUUGGUCAGUAAGUACCGAGAAGAGCAAGCAAAGACGUCGCAAGAGAUUUUACAGGAAGAAAUCGAGCGCGAAAGACGAGCGAAUGAGGAUAUAGAUUCAGAAGAAGCUAAAAUGGCACGUUUCCGAGAAAAGUUGCCAAUUAUUGAAUUGAAAGAGGAUAUGUUGAAAGCGCUAGAGACCCAAUCAGUCGUAGUUGUUUCUGGUGGAACUGGUACGGGUAAAUCUACGCAAUGCCCGCAGUAUAUUUUAGAAGAUGCCCUAAGGAAAGGUAGAGGUGCAGAAACCAAGAUUAUCGUCACGCAGCCGCGCCGAAUUGCGGCAAUCUCAGUUGCCGAGCGCGUCGCCGCGGAACGCUGUGAACCGAUUGGAAAUUCCGUUGGUUACCGCGUCCGUUUACAUGGGUCCGAACCUAGAAGUAUUGGUGGUACUGUCCAGUUCGUCACCACGGGUGUUUUGUUGAGACGAUUAGUUCGCGAUCCAGAAAUAUCGGACGUUUCCCACGUGAUUAUCGAUGAGGUACACGAAAGGGACAUAAACACGGAUUUCUUACUCGUACUUUUGAAGGAAUUGAUUCAAACCAGAAGAGAUCUAAAAGUAAUCUUGAUGUCUGCAACUCUAGAUGCUGAAUCAUUCUCAAAAUAUUUCACAAUGGAUACCGACAUUGCUCGGCAAACGCCGUUGCUAUCUGUGCCACCGAAGCCACGACAUCCAGUCGAACUUCAUUACCUAGAAGAUAUACUAGAGCAAACGCAAUCAGACAACAGCAGAAAUGGCGAUGGUUUAGGAAUACCGAGUGCAAAUUCAAAUGUAAACGACGAUGGUGACGAUAUUAUAGUUCAAAACAAUGAAAAUGAAAUAACGAAGAUUGGCCAAGACGACGAUUGGCCACCAAUCGUUCGUCGUCUCGCGGCUGAACUAUUGCACGUGCAAGAUAUCUCGCUCGCUCGUGAGCUCGAAGAAGUUGAAGCGGAAUCGAGAGCCUCCAUGCAGAUUGAGCGCAUCGCUGAUGCCGAAGAUGCUGGUGAACAGCCAGAGUUUUCGGAAGAUGAAUAUGAGGAUGACGAUGAGGAUGACAGUGUCGACGACGACGAUGACAGUUUGAACGCUUGGGAAGAUCGGAUGAAAAACGAUGGUAGAAAACACUCGCACGGUCGACCGAGAUUACAAGCUUUGCGUAAAGCCGUCGCGCUGAAGAACGAUCGAUCGGAGUUGGGGAAACCAGGAGUCUCUGGGUUCGGUGGUGGUAAAAUGCGAGUAAAUAAGAAUACCAAACUUGGUGAUCGCGAUCAGUCCGAAGUUGCCGUGAAUUUAGUGGCCGAAAUUGCAACCCACAUUGCGAACAAAGAAAUCGAAAACAAUAGAAAAGGUACCGUGCUUUGCUUUCUUCCAGGUUGGGACGAGAUUAAAGCUGCAACAGAGCUCAUACGAAAAUCUACCACGUACAACGAAGACACUAUGAAAAUCAUGCCGCUUCAUUCGUCCGUCCCGCAAGAAGAGCAGCAAGCAGUGUUUACGCCUGCGAAAGAAGGUACGAUGAAGAUAAUUUUGUCUACGAAUAUCGCUGAAUCGUCGGUGACUAUCGAUGAUGUACUAUCUGUGAUUGACGCUGGUCUGGUACGAGAAAUGUCCUACAACGCGGAAAGCGCCAUGUCUUCCAUGGAAACGGUAUUGAUAUCAAGUGCUUCGGCAACUCAGAGAUCUGGAAGAGCCGGCAGGGUCGCUCCUGGAUCGUGCUUUCGUCUCUACUCUAGAGGUGUGCACGCUUCUAUGGCUGAACGCCCCACUCCUGAAAUACAGAGAACGGCAUUGGAAGCGACGUGCUUGCAGACGGCAGCGAUGACGGAAAGUGGUAUUCAGAGAUUCUUAUCGAGAGCUUUAGAUCCUCCGAGCGAAGAUACGGUAAUGUAUGCUGUUGAUCGAUUGACCAAGCUGGGUGCGAUUCAAACCAUUGAAAGUGGCGAAAAGUUGACAGCCUUAGGUAGAACGAUUUCCAAUCUACCGAUUGAUCCAGCCAUCGCGCGAAUGCUUCUUUUGGGUUGCGUCACAAAGUGCUUAGAUCCCGUUUUGACGGCGGCGGCUUCGUAUUCAUCUCGCGAUCCAUUUUACACGCCUCCAGGCAUGCGAGAUGAAGCGAGAGCUAUUCGCAAAUCGUUCCACGACUCUUCAGAUUUACUCUCGGUGUGCCGGGCGUGGGAUCAGUGCAACGAUCUGUUCAACAACCGGGAUUACGACACCGCUCGCCGUUGGGGCUCUGACAACUUUAUCUCAAUCGCAGCCAUGAGUAAUUUGACUUCUGUCCGAUCGCAAUUACUGAGCGAUUUAGUGAAAUUAGGUUUUGUUUCUGAGCGAGACUGCGAGGGAUAUGGUCAAAGGAGAGUGUUGCGUUACGAUUCUGGAAUAAACACGCACGCCAAUAACGAGGCGCUUUUUAAAGGCAUAUUGGCGACUGGUCUUCCUUCGAAUCUUGCCGCACGAAGAUCUUUGGGCGCAUUUGGUACUUUGCGUACGCGCACAGAAAGCCACGCAGGAUUGCACCCCUCUGGAGUUGCCUUCCACCGGAAACCUCCACGAGGUGUCGCUCCUUUGCCGAAGUGGUUCGUUUACCGUGAAAUGGUGCUCUCUUCCUCCGUUUUCCUUCGAGAUUCAACUGCACUUUCGCCCGAGCAGGUUGCCAUGUUUGCUGGUCAUCAAAUCUCGUUUGCACCUAAAGUAGAGGAAGCUCAAAACGAUAGUACCGAAAGUGAUGAUGGUUUACUAAAUGCGGACGGAUCGGUCAACGCCUCCAUGGAUAUCGAUAUGUCGUUUGACGGAGACGACAUGGUCCCGUCGUCACGUUUCGACCGCAGCGCUGCAGGCAGAGCUAAGUUUCUCUUAGACGAGUGGGUAUUUUUAGAUUCGAAUUGCGAAGAUACCAUGGAUUUACUCCGAGACGCCAGGGAAGAGUUAAAUAUGGCGCUCAAUUGGAGAGUAAUGUAUCCUCGUAAGCCACCGCCAGAGUCCUCGGAGGAAAUCGUGGAUGCCAUCGCUCAGAUGCUCCGAAUAGUUGACGAACGUGAAAGAAGGAAGAAUAGAUCGCGAGCGCGUUUUUCGCGACAAUCGCCUUCUUCUUCUUCUUCUGGUGCUCCUUCAAGAAGAAAAUUUUAG